AUGAAUAAUGAAAGAAUUUUAAUAAACCUACCUAAUGAAAUUAUGAAUAAUGAAAGAAUUUCAAUAAACCUAUCUGAUGAAGUCAUAAAUAAUGAAAAAAUUUCAAUAAAUCUAUCUGAUAAAGUUAAGGAUAAUGAAAGAAUUUUAAUAAACCUAUGUAAUAAAGUCACAGAUAAUGAAAGAAUUUCAAUAAACCUACAUGAUGAAGUCACAGUUAAUGAAAGAAUUUCAAUAAACCCACCUGAUGAAGUUAUAGAUAAAGAUUAUAAUAUUGAUUU